UUCUGCUGGUCCUGCUUCUCUAAUAUUAUAUAACCCCAAAAGUAGAGAGAUCUUCAAGCCUAAAGCCUUCCUCUCUGGCUCUGGGAUUCUUUUCCGUCAUAUAAUCCCCUAAACCAAAUGAUCACUGAAACCCCAAAAAAUACCACCACCACCACCACAAAUUUCAUCCCAAGAUGUUUACCACAAGUCCUGAUCAUCUUCCCCAUAAUAAGAGUCUCGAAAUUAAGCAAGAUGACAAGUUCUUUUCCAGGCUUUUAUCUAAGGAAAACUCUGUCGCCAAUCCUUCUUUCAGGGUCUCUGUCGCCAAUCCUUCUUUCAGGGUCUACUAUGGCGGACUACCCGGUGCUGUCCCUUUCAUGUGGGAGUCUCAGCCUGGGACACCCAAAUACACAUUCUCUGAUACAUCCAUUCCUCCUCUCACUCCUCCUCCAUCAUACUACUCCAACUCCAACUCCAAACCCAUCAAGAAUAAGCACUCAAGAUCUGGUCUUUUCCAGGCAUUAUUCCCAAAGAUGAUCAGUUUGAAGAAAACCAGCAGUCUAGUGCCUACAUCACCUCCUCCUCCUCCUUCUUCUUCACCAAUGUUUCUUGCAAUAAGACCCAAAAAAUACCAGAAGAGGAGUCGAUUUUUUACCCCAGAUGAUGAAGCUGAUACUGCAGCCAUUGGGUCACCAACUUCCACUCUAUGUUCCGAUAUUGGUAGGGGGAAGUAUCGGUAAGCUUCGUGGAUGAUACGGCUGCUGAACAUAUAUCCUCAGCUGUUUAACAUGUAUCUGAGUAAACAUACAGAUUUGGUGGAUGAGAAUCUCUCUCACGUUUGUGUUCAUUUACUUUGUAAUUGCAACCAUCUAGGAAUGUAUUUUAGUUGGUCUAUGGUUAGUUAAAGCUGUGAAAACACCCAAAACUGCAGAAUUUAUGGUACUAAAUCAUUUACUAUUGCCGAAAAAAAUUAGUUGUAAUUUUCUCAGUUGUGUCUUACUGUUAAUAAAUAUGUUUUCGUUAAUAAUAGAUA